AUGCAUUCAAGAGUGAGCAGCUUUCCGGUGGAAGGCUUGCUACCAAAAGAGGAACUUGGAGCUCAAGCAUUCGUCGACAAGAAUCCUAAAUGGGACGGUCGCGGCGUCGUUAUAGCAAUUCUUGAUACUGGAGUCGAUCCUGGUGCGCCUGGUCUGCAAGUUACGCCCGAUGGUCGUCCGAAAGUAAUUGAUUGCAUUGAUUGCACUGGAUCGGGAGAUGUAGCGAUGUCUACCAUCGUAACUGCGCAAGAAUCAGACGGCUUAAAAUCUGUAAAUGGAAUCUCUGGUCGCAAACUGAUUCUCAACUCAUCGUGGAAGAAUCCAUCUGGCUCUUGGAAGCUCGGAGUCAAGGCCGCUUACGACGUCUUCCCAAAACCACUUGUAGAUCGACUAAAAGAAUCCCGUAAAAAGCGAUUUGAGCUAGACCAUCAUGCCCUUCUCGUAUCCGCCGAACAAGAAUCCAUCGAUUUCGAAAAGGCUCAUCCAGGACCUUCUGAAGACGUUGAAACAAAACUUGAUCUCAAAGCUCGAGUUGAAGUAUUACGAGAUCAAUUUAAAUCUUUCGAAGAAUCUGGAUGGUUGUUGGACUGCAUUGUUUGGCAUGAUGGAAGUAAAUGGCGAGCUGUAGUUGAUGUUGAUGAAUCUGGAGAUGUAUCAUCGCAGACUCCAUUAAGCAACUUUGCUGAUGAACGUCAGUUCGUCAAGAUUGAUACUGAAAGUCAGCUCAACUUUUCAGUAAAUAUAUAUGACGAGGGUGAGAUUUUAAGCAUAGUCAGUCUCGCUGGAAGCCAUGGUACACAUGUAGCUGGUAUAUCAGCUGCCUAUUAUCCAGAUGAUCCAUUAGCUGGCGGUGUCGCUCCUGGUGCACAGAUUGUAUCUCUGAAAAUAGGUGAUACUCGUCUAGGAUCCAUGGAAACUGGAGCGGGAUUCACUAGGGCCGCAAUAGAAUUGUGUCGCUUGAAGUGCGAUCUGGCGAAUAUAUCAUAUGGAGAACCUGCUGCCAUUGCCAACUUUGGUAAAGUGGUCGAGCUCCUUAGAGAUGAAGUGAUAAAUAAGAGUGGAUGUAUCAUUGUUAGUUCUGCUGGCAACGAAGGACCUUGUUUGACCACAGUUGGAGCUCCAGGUGGAACCACUGCAACCAUCUUGGCAGUUGGUGCGUACGUCACAAAGUCGAUGAUGCAAGCAGAAUAUUCAAUGCUAGAAACUGUCGCAGAGACUCCUUAUACAUGGUCAUCUAGGGGUCCGACUGUCGACGGAGCCGUCGGUGUUGACAUUUAUGCGCCAGGUGCAGCAAUUACUACCGUCCCCCAAUAUAAUUUGUAUGGUAGUCAGCUCAUGAACGGUACAAGCAUGUCAAGCCCGUCGAUGUGUGGAGGUGUUGCUCUGCUCGUUUCAGCUCUCAAAGCAAACGGGAUUCCAUACACACCAUACCGCGUCAAGGCGGCGUUAGUGAAUACCUCUAAAGACAUUGGAGAUCCACAAAAGGUUGGAUUUGCUCAAAUCAUACCAGCUUGGGAAUAUUUGAAGGCCACUAGUAAUUAUCAGUUGGAUGUGUAUUACGAAACUAGUAUUUUAGAACGAGGAAAUGCUCGUGGUGUAUAUUUACGGGAGCCUGAAGAGACAACGAGUGUGUCCCAAUACACUGUACAAAUCCAACCGGUCUUUUCCAACAAAGAGGACCCGUCGUCCGCUGAAGCCAAAUUGAAAUUGGAGGUUCGCAUGACUUUCAAGAGUGACGUUCCAUGGAUCAGCACUCCCGAAUUCCUGCUACUGAAUAGCGGUGGCCGUACUUUUGCCAUAAAAGUAGACCCAACGAGUUUGAAACCAGGCCUUCAUGUUGGACGUAUAAAUGGAUACGAUACUUCACGUCCGGAAGCUGGUGUCUUGGUGUCUAUACCAGUAACCAUCGUGAAACCUAUAUCUGUAGACGCUCAAUCGCCGACGAAAGAUGGAGCAUUCUUUGUUAGAUAUUUAGAUUUGGACUUUAUUCCUGGUACUAUAGAACGUAGAUUUAUCGCUGUGCCGAAUGAUGCAAACUUUGCAGAUGUGACUUUCAGAUCAGAAAACCGUGAAACGUCCGGCCGCUUUAUGGUUGAUUGCAAACAACUGGUCCCUCAAACAAGACAUAAUCGCUUUAACAAGGACUGGAUGUUUUCGUUUGGUACUACGAAUAGUGGGUCAUCAACUGAACACAAUGUACAAACCAAGACGUUCGCAGUUCAGCCAGGUGUGACUAUGGAAUUGUGUAUUGCUCAAUUCUGGAGCAGUUUGGGCAAAACUCGAUUAUCGGUUGAAAUCAAAUUCCAUGGUAUAUAUUUAUCUACUUCUUCUAAUGUUGGUGGUAAUGCAUCGACCCAAGGAAGUGGUGUUUUGUGGUUGAAUUCAGGCAAUCACGGAUUUUCGAGAUUGGAAGUGCGAGCUCCCAUUCGAAAGGAGGACGUGCAGAUAUCUAUAUCGCUAGACACUCUGCAGAAGUCCAUUCGGCCAGACAGUUGUGUCAUCUCUCCAUUGAAAUCCCGAGACGUUUUACCUGAUAGUCGUCAGAUCCACCAAGCUAUCUUGACUUAUAUUUUCAAGGCUCCCGAAGGUGGUGGAAGUGUUACUCCUCGUUUCCCACGUCUGAAUGAAGUCUUGUAUGAUUCUGUAUUCGAGGGAUUCUUUGGUCUUAUAUACGAUGCAAACAAGAGAGUUGUGUCGUCACAAGAUAUUUAUCCAAAGGUCAUCAAAGCAACAGAUGGAACAUAUACCUAUAGAGCACAACUCAUGUCUCGCUCUGUGGACUUGUUGGAUCGAAUCUCAAACAUGCCAAUGAUUCUCGACAUCGCCAUCACAAAACCCAUUUCAUUGAGUAUAUACCCUACGUUGGGUGAUUUAAUGGCAGGAUCAUCUGAAGGCUUUAAGAAAAAGACUUUGGAGGCUGGUGGAAAGACAUUCUGUUGGGUUUUGGCAGCAGACGGCUUGCCAAAGGAUAGCAAACCUGGAGAUCUAGUAGUAGGAAAAGUAGAACUAGGUCAAAAGAUAGAAGGCACUCUAUUCAGUGCUGUUUAUAUUGUACCGUCUGAAGUCAAACCUCCUGCACCAGCUCCAACAACUGGAGCAGAUGAACCAUCGAAAGAUGAUCAAACGCUCAUGAAGGAAGAAAUAAGAGAUUUACAAAUCAAUUAUUUAAAGAAAUUGCCUGAAGAAGCUAGAAAAGAAGUCUUGGCUAAGCUCGAGCAAGAUUACCCGACUCAUCUACCGCUACUUGUUGCUCGUCUUGAAAUAUUGGCUGACAAGGAGCAAGCGCUCAUUAAAGCUAAUACGCCUGUGCCUCAAGAAUUGGGUCAGGAGAUCGUUUUGUCUGCUGACAAAGUCCUAGAACGAGUAAACAUCAAAGAACUAGCCAUGUGGUUUGGCGUCAAGCAUGAUUUGACACUAAAACCCGAAAUCGCCAAAAACAAGGAAAUGGGCAAAGCGAAAGAAUCCGCCAUUUAUGCUUUACAAUGGAAGGCUACUGGAUUCCGUGAUAUUGUACAGGCACGAGAAACUGCUUCUCCUUCUACAUCUGCUGCAGAUGACGCGUUGAUUGCCUUUGAUGCUGCGAUGGUUGAAUACAUGCAAUGGUUGCCUGAUCCUGCUACAUCUGAUGGUAAGUACUUGCUAUUGUGGGUAUGGAGGCAGCGCAAGAAGGGUCGCUUAGGCUCCUCUAUCAAAGCUAUCAACAAGUUUUUGGGUGAAUCAAAGAAUGUGUCUGAUGCAAAUUAUAGCAAGUGCCUUGAUAUCAAGAAGAGUCUGCUUGUUGAUCUUGGUUGGAGGGCAUGGCAAAAGUAUGAAGAACGUAAAUUGAACCCGACAGAUUGGGCACCAUUCUAA